AUGGCGACAUAUUUAAGAAUUGCCUGCUCCAUGGUGGUGUUGGCCCUUGUGGUCAAUCUCAUGGCGGAACAAGGGGAGGCCCUCAGCUGCGCAGACUUGGGUCCAUCCGUGACACAGUGUGCCCCAUUCGCGACAGGUGCAAUGUCUCAGCCAACUAAUGAAUGCUGCAGUGCAGUCAAACAAGUGUAUUCAAUGGCUCAAACACCGCAAGACAGGAAAACAUUGUGCCAAUGUCUUAAGCAAUCUUCUUCUGCAGUCCCUGGUGUCCAGCUUUCCUCUGUUGCUGCUAUCCCUAAAAUCUGCGGACUUGGAAUCAACAUCCCUACUAAUCCUAACUACAACUGUGAUACGUAA